UUCAUGUUGGUCUCAACACAGAAGAAGUUAGCAGAGAAAAUCAAGCACAAGCUAAAAGACUAACAGGAAAAAAAAAUGGAAGAUUAUUAUUAUCGGGUGUCAUGGAAAGCAGAAAGAGAUUGAAUGUUGCACUGGAUUGGUUUCGUUGA